AUUUAUACAAUAUAUAAUUAAUUUGCAAAAGUUUAAUUCAUUUUUAAUUCAUCGGUAAUUACUUGCUUCUAUUUCAAAGUAUGGAAUUUAAAGUAUUUUUACUUCUUGCCGUAUGUACAAUAAUCUGUACACAAUGCAACUUUACGACUGCAAAUCCCUUGCUUGGUCCAAAUGUUCGACAUGCAGAACUUGGUGAAUUUCCUUCUGUUGUAUCAAUAGCGAAAACAAGCUCGUCAAAUCGGGCAAACAUAAAUGAUCAUAUAUGUACUGCAACGGCUAUCACUAAAUCUCACAUUCUUGGUUCAGCACACUGUCUUUAUGAGAGACUAUAUAACAAUACAGUUAUUCUUUAUGGCUCGACUGCGCUAAUUUUCACUAGAGCGUAUUCAAUACGAUGGUGGAUAAAAUUCCAGGACUGGAGCGUGUACAAUACUAGACGUCCUGAAUUUUUAGAAAAUGAUAUUGCCAUUAUAAAGUUGACUGAACCAAUCCAAGCAAAUUUUCAACCAUCGGAGUUAUCCUUCGUACCAUAUCAUGAAUUGGUAAAUGAACAAGUUACGUUGGCAGGAUGGGGUAUAUCCAGACGUCGUGUUGUAACUCCUAAUAUGCAAACAUCUAUUACAAAAAUUAUAUCGAAUCCUGAGUGUGAAGAUAGAAUUACACAAUUAAAUAGACGAAGAGUUAUUAUACAUCACGGACUCUUCUGCACAUACGGAGUUCCUUACACUUUAAUACAAAAUGGAGAUAUUGGUGGACCAGUUUUUCACAAUAAUAAGAUUGUAGGAAUCAAUAAACACACACUUCCAUUCACGUCAAGUGAAUUUCAUCCGAACAAAGUUUGUGUUCAUUCAUCUAUUAAUUAUUACAGGCCCUUUAUUAUGGAAGUUAUAAGCGAUAAUUUUUAUUGGGAUUAA